AUGGCCCAACCACAAUCUGCCGGAAACGAUGCGCCGACAAGAGAAGAGGAACAGCCAGAACCCCUUUCAUUCCCCCUGGUGAUUGUGUCGCCGUCAGUGGGAGCUGCGAGCCGUUUGAGCUUCCCUCAUCUGUCUGCAAACACAACGGUGAAGCAGCUGAAGGCAAAGGUUCGAGAUGCUCUGCCCUCAAAGCCUGUGGACGAUAGCCAGCGAUUGAUCCACCGGGGACGGAUGCUGGGAAGGGAUUCUGAAACUAUGCUGGAGAUAUUUGGUCAAGAAACUCUAUGCAAUCCAGAACCACAGACUUUACAUUUGGUACUGCGGCCUGCGGAGGGAGCCUCAGCUCCUUCAUUGACAUCUACGCCGGUCGCGAGACCACCACCGCCAGCUAUCCCACCACCAAGUAACAAUAAUCCGUUGAUACCAUUGCCCCAACCUCAACCCCGUUCCCAGUCGACACCUGUGCCUGCACAUCCUUUUCAAGGGAUGCAAGCCCAGCAACCCCUCCCCGGCUUUCAACACGUACAGCAGCAUCAGGUUCUUCACCAAGCUGAGCACUAUUAUCACCACAUGGCGCAGAGGCUACAGCAACUACAACGUGAGACACAGCGAUUGCAGCAAGAAAUGGGGAGCCUUGAGCAGCGUUAUCGUACUCAAGGCGGCGCCCCUGGGGCCCUGAACCCUGGCCAACAUGGACCUGGAAUUGGACCUGGGCCUGGACACGCAAUGGUUAAUCCUCUGGCCGCUCCUCAAGUCCUCCUUCAGUUGCCCCACCUUGGUCUGCGGCCACCUCAAGCCAUGCCCCCAUCUGUACAAACUCUCAUUGCUCAGCAACAACGAGAGCGCGCGGCAGAAGGAAGACACGGAGCUCAAGACAAUAGUGGGAAUGUGACUCCUGUGGACCAGACGCGAUUAAGUUCGUCAGGGAGAGCGAGUCCCAACGUUCACAGACCUAACCACACCACUACUUAUACCCGUGAUGGCACCGGGCCAAAUGGCGAAAGGUGGCAGGUGACCGUGAAUGAGACUACGACAACGCUUCCAAUGCCGCAACCCCAUAUUCAUCAUCACCAUCCAAGCCAGCAGGCGCCUGUGAACGCCGCAUUGGAUAUUCAAGCCGUUUUGCGCAACGCAGAUCGUUAUCUAGCUGCCCAAAACAACCGAACUGCCCCGGGAAACAUGCAACGAAGCGCUUCAAAUCCGCAACAGCCGCUUUCACAGGAAGCUGUUGGUAGCCCUACUCCAGCCAUAUCACAAUCCAACACGGGGUCGAUAGCUACUCCUGCCACUACGGAUGGCUCCCCUUCCGCUUCCGCCAUUCCGAAUCCAUUAACUGUAAACAAUGAAGCAGCUGCAGCUGCAGCUGCAGGUACUCCGUCUCCUGAAUCCACGGUUUAUAUACUCUCAUCGCCUCAGGGCCCUCGAGCGCUUCUAGUCAGUAACUCGGCAACAUUUUUCACUCCUCGCCAGCACUCCAGACGUCAUCGACAUGAUCCAGCGGCAUCAGCUCAAGCUCGGGGCCAAGCUGGGGCGGCGAUGGGAAUUCCAGAAUAUCAGAAUGGCCCCGAGGAACGGCAAGCUCGACGUAAUCGACGCCAGCGGAAUGACGAUCAAUUCCAGCAGGUAAACGUGCCCCAUGCGAAUCCGGGCGCGGGUGCUCUCGCUGCACAAAUUGGGCCAAUUUUGUGGUUGAUGAUCCGCUUAGUUGGGUUUGUCUGGUUCUUUACCUCGGGAAACUCUAGUUGGGCACGGUGGAUUAUGGUGAGCGGUCUCGCAUUCGUCGUUUUCCUUAUCAACACUGGUAUUUUCAAUGGACUUGCGGAACAAGUAUGGAGCCCAAUUAGAAGACAUCUCGAGGCUUUGCUACCUCUUGCUGGACCGGAAGCCGCCCUGGUUCCUGCUGCCAACGCGGCCAUUCCGCAACCAGGAGCGGCACCUGCUCGAGACAACCAGGAAGCUCCCGCUCGAGGUCAGGGCGAGCCGGAUCCGGCGGAAAUAGCUGCAAGAUUGCUUGCUGAGCGCCGACGAGCGAAUGGAGGUUGGCUCAUGGCCCAAAUACGACGUGCAGAACAUGCUUUGCUAUUGUUUCUCGCAAGUUUAGUGCCAGGUGUCGGUGAACGACAUAUUGCAGCUAGGGAGGCAGAAGCAAAUGCUGCUGCUGCAGAACGACAACGUCUCGAAGCCGAGGCGGAGGCUGCGGCGGCUGCUGAACGCUCGGAGGAAGGAGAAGGGGAAGGUGGCCAUGAACAGGAAACUAGCACAGAAGCUCAGACGGGCGUUUCCAGUGGGGACCAGCCAGGCCAACAGGACCAGCCUCUCAUUGAAAUUUGA